AUGCUAGAUAAAAUUGGAUCUCAUUAUGAACGGCAAGAAUCGAACUGGGUAGCUGAAGGAGGUUUUGGAAAUGAAACUGUGGUUGACCGAGUUCCAUCAGAUAUGAUGCAUCUGGUUGAUCCUUCUUGGUAUCAAUUUCCACCAAUGGAAUCAAUGUGGUACAAAUGGUUAGGUGUUACUAUAUUCUUCUUGGGCAUAUUAUCGGUCGUGGGUAAUGGAAUGGUGAUAUAUAUAUUUACCUGUACAAAAAAUCUUAGAACGCCAUCAAACUUACUGAUAGUUAACUUGGCGUUUUCCGAUUUCUGUUUAAUGUUCACCAUGUGUCCGGCAAUGGUUUGGAAUUGUUUUUACGAGACGUGGAUGUUUGGACCUUUUGCUUGCGAGUUGUAUGCUAUGUUUGGAUCAUUAUUUGGGGUUACAUCAAUAUGGACAAUGGUCUUUAUAGCUUUAGAUCGUUAUAACGUAAUAGUUAAGGGAUUAUCUGCGAAACCUAUGACAACCAAGUUAGCGCUAUUACAAAUAUUUUGUAUAUAUCUGCAUGGACUUUUCUGGACUUUAACCCCUUUUUUUGGAUGGAGCCGAUAUGUACCAGAAGCAAACAUGACAGCAUGUGGCACUGAUUAUUUAACUCUGACGUGGCAUAGUCGUAGUUAUGUAUUAAUAUACGCAAUUUUCGCAUACUAUUUACCAUUGCUUGUCAUCAUCUAUGCAUAUUAUUUUAUUGUGAAGGCAGUAGCAUCGCAUGAGAAAUCUAUGAGGGAACAAGCAAAAAAAAUGAAUGUUUCUUCUCUAAGAUCCGGAGACCAAAGCAAUACUAGUGCAGAAUUUAAGCUGGCUAAAGUGGCUUUAAUGACAAUAUCAUUAUGGUUCAUGGCUUGGACACCAUACAUGGUUAUCAACUUUGCUGGAAUAUUUCAAUUCAUGACAAUUGAUCCAUUAUUUUCAAUCUGGGGAUCAGUUUUUGCUAAAGCAAAUGCAGUAUACAAUCCAAUAGUAUAUGCAAUUAGUCAUCCAAAAUAUAGAUUGGCAUUAGAUAAGAAGUUCCCAUGUCUAGUAUGUGGAAAAUUAGAAGAUGAAAGGAGCGAUUCAAAAUCAGUUUCUUCUGCUCAAACAACUGUAUCUGAAGAUAAAGUCUAAAAAUUGAACUAACUUAAUCUCAUGGAAUAUGUUUAAUCAAACUAUCAGUCAUUUAUAUUGUUUAUAAAAAUUAUACCUUCAUUUCAAUUUUCUACGUAUUUUCCGUAUCCAUUGGGAUUGGUUCUGUUUCAAAGCAGCCUCUAGAGUAUCUUUGAUGUGAACCAAGUUUAAUGGAUCUGUUUGCAGGAAUAAUGAUUCGAAAAUAUUUUUUUUUUCUAAAUCUAAUUUCAAUGUAACAACUGGUACUGUUUGAUGUAAUAAAGAUCUUGAUCCCAUCUGUAUACAUAA